AUGCUUUUAGCACUAGCUGAAUUGGGCAUAGGCGAACGGUCUGCUACAAACGGUCUGCAACUACUAACACAAUCUGCCUCGCUUGAUGACCAAGAAGAAAUCGAAUGGAUUCAUGUUCUUCGCGGAUUCACGCUUGUUGAACGAGCUGCUGACGACUGGAAACAGAUGAGUCAUACUGAACAAGAGCACUGGAAAACGGAGAGUAAACGGAGAGCAGAGGAACAGGGAUCAUCUCACUCUUCGCAUCAUAUGCACCAUCAUGGUCCUCGUCAGAAACAACGAGUGAUGUCCCAACUCGAGAAGGAACUAAUCGAACGUGCCAAAGAACGUGGUGUAGACCGUGCCACCGCCCGUCAAACGCUCACCGACAAACUACUCUGGAAAGAGAAGGGCGAAGUUGCAACGAUACGUAUGCUCCGUUGGGCGUUAGUGGUGCUGAGUAAGGAUUCAGUUGGUGUGAUUCCAAAUGAAAUCUGUGCAGUUGUGAUGGAAAAGGCGGCCAUUGUAGGCGAACUGCGUCUGAUUCGUCGCGGAUUUCAGCCGAAGCCAUCCAGGAAUGCUCAGAACGUUCGUAACGUCGUUUGGGAUCCAAGUCUUUUGUCCGACGUUAAUAUGGCUGCCGUUCAGUUGGUCAAAUUCGUUCAAGGGACAUGGAAUGGUUUGGUUAUGGUUCCAGAACAUCAAAUGAGCCGUCUCGGAAUAGCUAUGCAUUGGAUGAAGCAAAAUAGAGAUGUAUACUGUAGACGUGACACAAGCACGAUGCGUCUAGACCGUAUCAUGUGUCUCGAAGAUAUCAUUACUGUGUUUCGCGAAGUCAACGAGAAAAGUCCGAUCGAUGCUGAUGAGGACGAACAAUAUGAGCAACUCCGCGAUCUUGAACUCAGUGACACGAUUCUCUUUGUCCGAGCAGCAGCGGAGUACUUUGCUCGUGUAAUGAAAAUGUGUACGAUGCCCCCACCCGCUCCUGAUUAUUUGCAUCGUUAUUACCAUCACAAUCUCGUACACCAGCCCGUGGUGCAUCACUGUUGCAACGCUUCCGUUUCGGACAACUCGUCAACGGAAGAAACUACAGUCCAAGGACAAGGUGACAAUUGUUGGGCACUCGGGCCUCCUAUAUGUUCGUCGGAGACCAGAGCACCUGAACUCUAUCCGAUUCAUUACGAACCACCUCGGCGGAAGAUCUUUGGAAAGAUGGCUUCGAAUCCGUUCACGAAACCUGCGAAUCCACAACCUUCUGAGCCAGAGUUGUCGCAUGUUGCUCGUUGGUUGGACACUAUUCGUUUGGACGAUAUCGAGAAAUAUCAUGAGCCAUUUCUAGAAACAUACGAAGACUCCGAUAGAACAGAAGACAUUCUCUCGUCAGACUGUGCUUGUAGCAACUGA